AUGGCUCCCCUUGCGCAAGCGCUCUCCCCUCAGCUCGUUGAAUCAAGCACGUCGGGUUUACCGAAGCACGUGUACCGAGGGACCGUUGACCCUGGAUGGGUCGUAGGAUCUGUUCCACAUGGAGGAUACGUUCUUGGCCUGCUUAUCAUGGCCAGUAUGAAAAGUCAACAACAAACAAAGCAUAAAGACCCAAUCCACGUUACGGCGCAUUUCAUGCAACCCACAGCGCGGGAAGAAUACACCAUUCAAGUCCAGGUCAUUCGUACUGGUUCACGAUUCUCGAAUCUGACCGCGAACCUCAUUCAAAACGGCGAAACCAAAGUACUCACGCACAUCAUAUUCGGCACGCUCAUAGAGUUUGACGAACCCGAACCUGCAGUCUCGAUCUCAGAAUACGAGCACAUCCCUCCGACCCAUCCUCUCUUCAGACCCAUCCCCUUCUCGACUCAUCCACGCAACUCGGCCCCCUCCAAAAUGCACUUUAAAUACGGCAAAUUUAGAAACGAAGUCAGAAGCGCCCAUGAUUCAACGAUCAUGGCCCGGAACCGUGUCAAACUAGAGGCUGAGCCUGGCACGCACGACGGAGGACUCGAGUCGGGCGCUUGGUGGGAGUUGGCAGGAGAGAACGAAGAAUUGCAUUUGAGCAUGAUUCCGUUCUUUGCGGACAUAUUUGACAAUACGCCUUCGAUCUUGUCGCAGGUUCAUGGGAAAGAGAUACCAGCUAUGUGGUAUCCGACCAUGGUCAUGACGAUUGAGUUCAAGCGAAAACUACCCCGACGAGGGAUGCCUGGAUAUUCGAGUAGGACAUUGGGUGUAUAUUCAAAAGGAUCAUUUUUGGAACACGGGCGCCACGACAUGUAUGGCGAGAUCUGGAGCGCGCCUAGCUGUAUCGGCCAAUCAGACGGAAGAGACCCAACGGACGGCAGUUGGAAAAAGGACAUGCGGUGCGUGGCCAUCACGGGACAAAUGGCACUCAGCGUGUCUAUAGCGAUUAAUGAAAGCAAAGGCGACAAGGCAUCUAAAGCCAAACUGUAA